GAAAAAUUACGGAGAAGAGGCGGCUUAAGGUUUGGGCGACUGAUGAGCUUUCUUUACCGACUCCUCGAGGUCGAUUGGGAUAUCUCACAGCCAUUCCGUUCUUCAACAACGUCUCUCCGCAACAUCUACUGCACACGAAUAACCCAGAAUGUCGGCAGAAGGAGCAAGCAGUAGCCAGGACAAACCUGAGCUUCCCUCGGGCUUCACAUGGUUCAGGAUGCUGGCGGCGAAUUACACAGGAAUGAUCACAGACGAAGAGCGGGAGAUAUUCAACAACGUCGCUAAAGCGCGCUACGACGCCAGUCAAUGCAAAUCCUGCGAGAGUUAUCGGAAUUUCAACUUGAAGUGGAGUCCAAUCAUCAACUUCAUGAAAGACAACAUCGAAAAACUAGGCGGAGAAGUCGACCCCAGAAACAUCGAGUGUGUAAAAUGCACCGAGACCGUCGCGGGCGGGUUUAAUCCAGACCAUGGCAUCAUGAUUUGCCAAAACUGGGUCCAAAGCAAGACCCAUGUCGAAGACACAAUCGCUCACGAACUGAUUCAUAUGUAUGACGAACUGAAAUUUAACGUCGAUUGGUUUAAUUUGAAGCACCAUGCAUGCUCAGAGGUUCGAGCAUCCAACCUAAGUGGCGAGUGCAGGAUGAUGAACCAGAUUGUGCGAUACCGGCAAUUCAAGUUCGUGCGUGCUCAUCAGGAGUGCGUGCGAAGAAGAGCGAUAUUAUCAGUCACCGGCAAUCCAAACUGCAAAGAUAAGGAGGAAGCGGCUCGUGUCGUCGAUCAAGUCUGGGACUCUUGCUUCAAUGAUACUCGUCCUUUUGACGAGAUCUAUCCUUGAGUGCUGCAUGUACUCUACUCUGUAAAUAGCUAUAACUCAUGACUAGACUUCCCCAUGCAUAUUCUAAUC